AUUAGAUAAUAUGAUGUGCUACAGGAUGCUAAUAGGCCAAAGAUCAUCCCAGAAGAACUUCGACAAUAUCAUUCAGCGCGCGGAAUGAAGAGAGUUCGCAGCCCCUCAACAAUGGCGUCGAAUCAAUUGCUGCAACCCAGUCGCCUCCCAAACCGACGAGUCCACCUAUUACCAAUGGCACACAACAUCCUCAAGGGAUACCGUCUACUACACCUGUUGUACAGGAGGAUCCCACACAAAUACAACCACCGCAGUCAGCAGAGCCUGUAGGACCUGACCAUGCCACGGAACCGCCGCCGGAAUCCCAACAAGAACCCCAAGCGAAAGCGACGCCUUCUCCGCCAGGCGAGAAAACAAGAGACAAGCGCAAGAGACGUACAUCCCAGGAUAGUGAAGCUUCUUCGCGCCGUUCGCCGCGUCGCUCUCCGCGGGGCUCGCCACAAAACGCCGCGAGCGCCAAGGCAGCAAAUGUGGAAGAUUCGCGGGUGUCAGAAGCAAUGGAUAUAUCACAGGACGGGAAGUCACCAGUCACAGCGUCACCGAAACUUGCUGCGCUUGAUGCUACCGGGAGCAAACAGGCCGAGACCGAGCCUCAGGCUACUAGUGAAGCGCAGAUACCCGCAGCGCAAAUACUCAGCGAAGAACAUACCACAACUGCAGGCGAUACCACACAACAAAACAUUGUUAGCGAGGCUGAAGCCACCGGUUCUCCAAUUACUACCCAACCUCAAGAGGCAGCUGAGCCUCAAGAUGCUGUCGAACCCGAAGAGACGAAUGGCAUCGAGAAAGCGGCCGAGCCUAAUGCUACUACAGCACAGACAAAGUCUCCAACACCUCCAAGAGCCAAACGAACGAGAGGCCAACGUGCAGCAUCCGUUCAACCGCAGUCAACAACUGCCAAACAGUCUAGGCUGGCCAGAGCCGGCUCAGCAGAAAGCGCCCCGGCUCAAGGUAUGGAGAGAAAGAGGCUUCGUGGACGUAUCGCGAACGCCCAGGAGCCUACGCCCGACAUUCCUACAAUAGAAGAAGAACCCGCCGAUGACACUGGCGUGAAUAUUUCAUCCCAGCCAAAGGACGAUCUUGUGGCCAACAAGGGAAGUCGGCAAUCACGGCUGCCAAGACCUACGGUGGAAAAGAAGCCGACGCGCGCUGGACGCCCCGGAAGAAAACAGGCACGAUCACAGGAUAUCCAGGAAGAAGUGCCUUUGCCUGAGCAAGAGGCGCAGCAGCCGGAAGAGCAGGAGCCUGAGCCUGAGCCAAAAUCCAAGGCCGUCCCAGAACCCGAAACAGAUCUACAGCCGGAAGCAGCGACAGAACCCAUGCCAUCAAGGCCUGGCAGACGUGGUCGCGGCAGGAAACCAUUGCCAGAGACUACCGUCGAUGAAACACAGGCUCCUAACGAAGAACUACCAGCACAAACCGAGCAGGCUGAGCCUGAAACAGAAAUACAAUCGGCACAACCAACAGGAUCUUCUAAGCCUGCCAAACGUGGUCGUGGCAGGAGACCGCUGUCAAGGAAAGAGAACGAUGCAGCGCAAGCUGAGGCAGUCGAGCCGGAACCUGUACCAGAGCCUGAAGAAGAACCACAGCCCGAGCCUCCAGCGGAGCCCGUACCGUCCAGGCCUGCCAAACGUGCUCGCGGCCGUAAACCAGCGUCAAAGGAGAAUGCUGAGACAACACCGGCUCCGGAUGAAGAAGCUACAGCACAAGCAGAGCCGGCGGAGCCCACCGAAGAAGCACCUCCACCUAAGAAGCGCAAGCCCAGACAGCCUCGGGGAGAAACAGUGCCAGUAACUGUCCAUCGCUUCGUGAACGCCGCUGUACUUGGAGAAGGGCCAGAACCAGAGGGAUCAUCGGACGAGGAAGAGGAGUCAGCCGAGGGACUCGCAGCGAAAGAGAAGACCAAGCUUGUGAGCCGAGGCGGCGUCAACGCAGCAGACGUACUAAGCCAGAUCUGCCGCGAGACAUUAGAAAAGACGCUUGCAACACUCAAGAACGGGAUCGCCAAUGAAGGCAACGCCGCCCGGCGUGCAGAAUGGACACGCAAGAAGAAGGCCGUCGAGGCCUACGGCACGGAACUUGAGGGCCGUCUUUUCGAACUGAGCGAAAUGCUCGACAGUAACUUUGUCCUCGGACGCCAAAUUAAGAAAUCCAAACGGGAGAUGAUGGAUCUGCGGAGCCGACUAUACCGCGUCCGGAAGGAACGAGAGGAAGUGGCAUUGCAAAUGGACGCCGUACGGAGGAAGCACAGCGAGGAAGAGAAUGCCAAAAUGGCCCGCUCAACCAUCAACAACUCCCUCCACAGUCUGGAUCUCGCCCUCGAGCGCAGCCGCAAUCGCCCCGUCGACGAAUCCACCUCCCAGAACCCCGAACCUUCCUCCACAGCCGGACUGGAGUUCCUUGUCCGUAACGUUGCGGAGAACGUGAGCUCCAUCGCCCCCGGAGCUCAAGGCGGUCUGUUACAUCAGAUCAAGUCAUUCAACGCACAGCUCGAGGCUACUGCGCGGAGACUUGAGAGUUGAUUUAUUGAUAACUCGAUAUGAGUACUUGUCUAACCUCUUCAUUCAUAUGUUCGUUUGUGUGAUGAUUGUAAAGCUGUGUCUGUGUCUGUGUCUGCGUUCUUUUGUUCGAAUAAAUACCCCCGGCAUUGUUGUCUACGGAGUGAGGGUCAUGUUCUUUGCUAGUUGGAUAGGAAUAGGAAUCAGAAGGAUAAUACAUUAAAUGAUGAUGGAUAGAUAUAUCCAGCCAUACACCACCACCUUACAAACUACAACACAAUGAACAAUAA